CAUUCAUCUUUUAUAUUCAAAUUUUCCCAGAAAGGUUGAUCAGGUGAAAACAUAUUCAGCAAGGAAAUGGACAGCUCAGGGAGAACUGGAGCUGCAACUUGGUUCGUUUGUUGUUUCCUGGUGAUCAAUCUCCUUAUGUCCUGCAACAUAUGUGCUGCAGAUGAUGGAAUUAUCAAGCAAGUAGGAGAUCCCACAAGUAAUAUUAACUUGACACCCUUUGAGCAGUGGAGAAGUGCUUAUGAAUGCAUGCUAAACACAUCAACUUGGUGCCCGGAAAAGUAUCAGUUGAGUGGAACUGGAUGGGUAAAUGUAACACAAGCUGACACUGAUGAAUACUGCAACUCAGGAUGUGCAGAACACACCAAGGCAGUGCUUCUGUGUGUUUCUCUGGUAAAGCGCGAUUACAAGUUUGCUGAUAAGAGCACUGUCCAUACUAUCAAUGUGACCAUUGCAAAUGGAUGUAAUCGGGAUAAAGCAGGUUUUUCCGGACAUGUCUGGACAGAGCCUUCAAGUGCUAAAAGGUUCUCUGUGAGCAAACUAGCCAUCUUUUCUAUGGCUGCACUCCUAUUUAUGAUGUCUUGAACAUAUAAUGGCUCAGGUCCAGAAGGGAAUAGUAUAAGCUAUGAUCUAUUUAUACAAGGCAUGAUGUAUGGAUAUAAUGCUUGUAUUUGGAGUAUAAUUAAUAAUUGUAAUAUUGCUUCUCAUCUUUCUGAACUGAUUAAUAUUACUCACCGCAUACUAUUACUGGAGUA